GGGCGGAAGAGGAUUUUUCUCAAAAGUUCCUAAUAUAUUGUCCCGGAUUGUACUUAUGUUUUUUCUUUGUGGCUUCAAGGAACUUAUAUCGGCGGUAUAUCUUUGUUGAUAACGCAACUAAAAAUAAGCACGCAUUACACUCCAACCUUCAUUAAUAAUAAUCAUUUGGAAAUAACAAAAAUUAAUCGCGAACUAUCGUCUUUUGAAAGUUCAGUUUUAUCUAAAAAAUCCUUGAAACAAUUCAAAUGAUGGAAAUCCAUGUAAACAUCAUUAUAAGGGGUGACUCACUACACGAUUUUUUUUUUGUAUAAGAAACCAGUUUUGGCUACUGAGGCUCAAGUUUCUUUUUUUUCUUCCUAUUUUUUUCCUAUUUUCUUUAAGUCAUUAAUCCCCUGUACAGUGAUAUAUACUAGUGCUGUGUUAGUAGUAUGAGUAUUGCUUUCUGAUAAUUCAUAUCGCUUUUGGGAAUGAAGGGUUGUUUCUUUGUUAAUAUAUAGUUCUAGUUUUGUCUGCUAUUUGACGAACUAAAAAAAAUGCCAAGAGCUCACUGUAAAAUAUUCUGUAAUAGUUUAUGGUCUGGAGGAGCUUUAGAAACUGAGCAUAGCUAAGUUUCUUAAUAUUUUCAAAUGUUGAGCCUCAGGUUCUAAGCCUUUUCUUGUAUAAAAAAGCGUGUAAUCGAAAAGUGUCCUUCGUCUUACUGAAACGUGCAUGAGUUUUUCUAAUUCUUUUUUAUCUUCUCCAAUAAAAAAAAAUCCAAGAAAGUUUUAUUUUUGGAAAGGUUAAGCUAGAGUAGGGAUGGAAUAUAACCACACUUUUUAAAAACACGGUCAAACUCUCAUAAAAACAUCAUACACAAUUUCACUUAUGACGUCACAACUUUUCGUCACGCCUUAUUGCAUAAAAAUCUAUUAAUAUGCAUGAAAAAUCCCUAACAUGCGGUGGUGAGUCAUGGAAUUCAAGGUUAAGUCUCUAUCAUACAAAAAUGAGUAGGGGAAAUUCCCUAAAAAGCGAUGAAAAUUAACGAAUGCGCAGUAAAAAGGGGAAUAACUGUGUUAGUUGGGCAGAAUGAAAUCCUCUGAAUUUGUUGAAAUGUGUAUAUAAUAAAGAUGAGUUGGUUUAAGAAUGCCAUCAGUAAACUAUAUAGCACCUUGUCAGCACCAGUGGCAGCAACUCGCGACGCCCUUGCCGAUCGAUCGAUUACAACAAUGCAAAGGAACAAGUUUCGGGAGGUACAACGCUUCACGAUGAGAUUGAACAGGAAGCAAGGGAGGACUACGUGGAGGAUAUUGAAUGUCAAGGCCCCGAGGACGAUAUCCAGAUGUUGGAGGAUGGAAAUAGGAUCAAAAGACGGCGUUUCAACAAGCAUCUAAACCAACCUAUAAAGGUCGCGAUUAUCCAAAAAAUUACACCACACGUGGAAAUGCGCGUUAAGGUUGUAUACAGCUUUGGCUGUCAUAUUUACAAGGGUGGGGGCGAUGUGUCUGAAAUAGGAACAAAACAUGGCGUUUCAACAAGCAUCUAAACCAACCUCUAAAGGACGCGAUUAUCCAAAACAUUACACCACACGUGGACAUGCGCGUUAAGGUUGUGUACAGCUUCGGCUGUCAUAUUUACAAGGGUGGGGGCGAUGUGUCUGAUUACCACAAAACUAAGAGCUCCAGGUCGCUGUCAAGUAAAGCGGAAAUCGAAGCGUUCGUAGAAGAAUGCGAAAUGAAGCGCCUCGAUCUGCAGGAUCACGAGUUUUGGACUAAGGCUUAUUUACCACCUGUUAGGACCACCAAGACCCCGGGAGCAUAUGAGGGAAAAAUUGUUUUUGAUAACGUACAGAUCAAUGUGAUAAGUACGCAUGAACCUCUUUUGGAAUGCGGCCCUCUGUACAUCUACGCCAUGGAUGGUGAAGAUGCCAGAACGGACAACCUAUGCUUCUGGGGAUGUCUUGCGGUAAAGGAGAGGGAAGAUGUAGCACGGGAACGGAACAACAAAAAUAGCCCUUGCCCUGGCCCGAGAUUACUACGAGAACCCCAAUCCCGGGUGUAAGGACGUGCGCCCCACAAGGCUGGUGGAUUUUAAGGGCGUUGCAAAACAAUUCAAGGUCAAUAUUAGGGUCUUUGCGACUCGUCUAUGGUCAAAAGCAACACAAAAAAGGUUUGGAUGGCAUCAAUCUUGGUAUGCUGGACGGGCACUGUUUUUACAUCAAAGAUUUAGAUGUGCUGACCCAACACUGGGAAUGCGAGGUAUGUAAACAGAAGUUUAAUUACGCCUUUUCUCUUACACGACAUAAAAGGAACGAAUGCGAGGGUGUUAAGACGACAAUCAUUUGCAAAGGGGGGAAGGUCAAACGUAUGCCGGGUAGGACUGAGAAGGCCUUUUCCGAUGAGGGUUUUAGCUAUGAUGCAUGAAAAUGGAUAGAAUAUGUGGCAAAACAAACCGGAAGGCAUAUCCAUCAUGCCUUAUGCGGUCAUCGUGGUGAGCGUGUUAUCCGUGAUGGCAAAAGGGAGUGGAAAAUGGAUGGGUAUGAGCCUAUUUCAAACACCGUUUACGAGUACAACGGCUGCAGGUGGCACGGCUGUCCCUGUCUGCCCAAGAGAACCAAAGCGGACAGGGCUCAUUACAUCGCAACCCUGUCUAAAGAAAGGAUGAUACGGGAAAAGGGCUACGGCCUCGUCACGGCUUGGGAAUGCGAGAAACCACCCAAAAUCAAGAGGUACUUUCAGAAGGAAUUUAGACCAUAUCCUCACUACCUGGUAUUUGAUUUUGAGGCCCUCCUAUUACCUUUAAAUUACCAGCAAACAUCCGAUCUAACAUAACAUUCGAGACAUGUUCCGAUAAGUGUUGGCAUUGUCGAUAAUUUGAAUGAGGACCCGACGUUCAUCAAGCACGAAAAUCCCAAGGUCUUGAUCAAACAGGUUGUGAAAGAGCUGCAAAAGAGGCAUACCCUGAUUGUGAAAGAGGUUGAGAGAAUGUACCCGAAGCCCGACGACUUUGACAUGCUCUCCAAAAAGAACCAGGGGCUGUAAAACGAGUAGGUAAUUCAAGUAGCAGUUAUAGGGUAUAAUUCUGGCAAGUAUGACAUCAACCUGAUCAAGCGGUAUUUUGUCGAAGAGAUCGCGCAAGCCGAUAAGAUCAAGGUGGCGAAAAAAGAUAACGGCUACAUGCUCCUCACCACCUCAAGGUUUUUAAUUUCUAGAUAUCAAAAAUUUCCUUGCUCCUGGUCUAAGCUAUGAAGGUUGGUGCAAGUCGUUGGAAUGUAAGCUUGAAAAGCUUGUGUUUCCGUAUGAAUGGUUGACGAGCCACGAGAAGUUGAACCAUGGUGGACCUGUGGCUCACGGUCGACCUUUAUAGCCAGCUAAGUGGGAAAACACAAACUAUCUCGCAAAGAGUACAAGACAUUCCGCGCUGAGUUUUACAGGCGAGGGUGCGUCACGAUGAUGGACUGGUUGCGUGAAUACAACCUGGCCGAUGUGAAACCGCUCAUUAAAGCCGUUGACAAGACGAAGUUGCAGUAAUACGAUGACAAGAUAGAUAUUUUGUAGGACGCGGUCGGUAUUCCAGGCGUGUUGAUGCGGUACGUAUUGAACAAGUCUCUACGGCUGAACCCAAAGUUAGAGCUAUACGCUCUGGGAGAACCAUGCAGGGAUAGGUGUAAGGACUCUUGUUAUAGCAAGACUUGUAAGGCCUGCAAGGAGGUACGGAAAACAUGUAAAAAAUGUACAAGGAAUGAAGCCUACGAGAUCCUACGGAGGGGGAUGGUGGGGGGUCCCGCGAUCGUAUUCUGUAGAUACCACGAACGAGACGUGACGAGUAUCAGAUCUCAGGUGUACAGCGAUCCCCACAAAUGCAAGACCAUUCUAGGGUAUAGUGCAAACAUGCACUACUCGAGUACCCUGAUGCUAGACUUUUCUUGUGGAAAGGAAUAGCUGAUCAAGGUGGCCACACCGACAUCAGCACAUAACUUAGAGAUACUAGCGCGUGGUAGAUGGAUCGUUGUUUAGGUUUGCCCAGGUUGAUAUUGAGGUACCCAAAAAUCUGCGCAAAAAGUUUAGUGAAAUGGCUCCCCUGUUUGUCGUCAAGGAGAUACCUGAUGAUCAAAUACUUAAAAACUACGGGUCACAAGCGUGUUCCGGGUACACGUAAGCUUCUGGGGUUGAUGAGGGCUGAAAAAAUCCUACUGUAUACCCCUGCGCUAAAAUGGUACCUUGACCAUGGGAUGAAAGUGACUGCCUUUUACCAGUUUCUCAAGUAUGCUAGAGGUGGGCCCUUUGAAUGCUUCCCAGAAGAGAUUGCUGAUGUACGACGACAGGCUGAUAAAGACCCCAACAAACGUAUUGCGGGAGAUACGGCCAAGCUGAAAGGGAAGAGCUUCUACGGCAAGAUAAUUGAAGAUUUGGCGAGGCACGCAAUUACUACGUUUACGAGGGGUGAAAAGGAGGUUGAUGCAGCCCUGCAAAGCCCGUACCUCGAAGACCUUGAAGAGAUUGGAAAUGCGUAUGAGCUUAGAAGGGGCAAACACAAGUGUACUAUCGAUAGACCUUACCAGUGUGGUAUCGCGGUAUAUCAAUUGGCCAAACUCCGCAUGCUCGAAUUUUACUAUGAUUUUCUGGACAAAUACGUGAAUUGUCGAGACUUUGAGUACAUUUACAUGGACACUGACAGUGCGUAUUUUGCCAUCUUUCGGAGAAGAGUUGAGAGAUGUUGUUCGACCCAAACUGCUUGGCGUGUACGACAAAGACGUAAAAAACUGACUCGUCACCGAUAAGACUCGAGUCGAGCAGGAGGGUUAUUUAAAGCGGAAUUUAUUGGGUUUCGGAUGAUUGCCCUGACAGCCAAGUGCUACUUUGUUGAAGGUAAAAAGGGUACUAAAUUUUCCUAUAAGGGCAUGUGAAAGAGACAGAAUGCUGUGACAGUAGAUACAUGAGUGCGCUGAGGGGGGUUUAGAUAUGGCCAAAAAUGUAGGCUUCCGGGUACACAAUCAGGGUAUAGUUACGUACGAGCAAAACAACCUACUACUCAAAAAAUAUACAGGGCUCCAUUGACAAGGCUACCGAUGAAGAAAUCGACAAGGUCCAUACCGAUUACGUACAACGAGAACUCCGCGAGAAGGGGGAGAAAACAGCUAGGGCACUGUCUACCCAUGUUAUAAGCCUGUAUGUUAGCAUGGCCUCAAACUUUGUAGAUAUAGACAGUGUGGAUGAAUUACGUCGAGAUAUCAAAGAAAACCCUAUUAUCUGGGACCCUAUUAUCCAUGACCGAUCUGGGAAUACUAGUAUACUGUACCAUCGGGAGGUGUUUAGUACCACUUCUCGUGGUGGGUCAUACGGUCCAUAUGAGUCAAGGAAGCCUAAGGCCGUAGCUUGGACAAAAUGGUUGGCCGGGAAGGGGGUGGAAAAAUUACAGGAUAAACUCAAGGAGCUGCGUCAAGCCCUUGGAGAUAAGGAGAAUGUUAUGACCUUUCUCAAUGAUGAGAUUGAGGACAGGGAUAGUCAGCCCGUGAUGUUGGGGAUGAAAUUGAGGAGCUACAGCAACGUGCCGUGCCCCACCUUGAAGAUCCCGGCAAGGAUAACAGCAUGGUCAUUAUACAAAAGAACAACGACGAUCCAUUCCAAUACCUUGUCAACAGGGGUAUGUAGCUAUACCUAUGUAUGUAGCUGUAAGCUCGUCGACUACCCUAAGGGUGAGAUUGUGGUACUAGCAGAGACUCCAAAUGCUAUCGUCCAUUACCAUUGGCUCCGGGAACGUGGAAGUAUCGAGGUAAACCCGGAGAGGGUAACACAUUUUAGGCUUGGUGAGCAUUACACGCAUGAGCGCCUCUUGGAACUCGCGAAACAGAUGGGCAUGAUUUUAACUACUCUUGUGGGUAGUUAAAAUUGUAUUCAAAAGUGGUGGAUUCCAAACCCCUCCUCUAUUGACCAGUUUGGCUGUAUGUUAAAAGGUAUUGAAUAUCAAAAAGAUGGAAUAUCAAAACAUGGAAGAGGCUAGGAAAUGUUCAAAAUGUAAACACUUUUUAAAUGUUGCAUCAAAUGCCUUGAUAUAAAGAGGGCUUCACGGGAACGUACAAAGGGUCCCCAUCAAAAGAUUGGAUCAAGGUGCCGGGACUGCCGGGGUGGAGAAAUCUGCAGUAAGCUUGGUAGGCGAAGAUCAGAGUGCAAAGACUGUGGGGGAAGCCAAAUUUGCCACCAUCAAAGGCAGAGAUCCACUUGCAAAGAGUGUGGGGGGUGGAAGCGUCUGCAAACAUGAAAGGAUGAGAUCUCACUGUAAGGACUGCGGGGGUGGAAGCAUUUGCAGCGAACAUGGUAGGAUAAGAUCCCGUUGUCCUAUUUGCAAUUUUCCUUGCUAUCUCGCUUCUGUUGUACGCUGCCAAACCUACCAUGCCCUGAAGGGAAACAAGGAGCUUAGUUCUCAGAAGUACCUCGGGUGCGAUAUGGCUAAGCAGCGGGCCCAUAUUGAAGCCCAGUUUUCUGAGGGGAUGACAUAGGAUAAUUACGGAGAGUGGCACAUUGAUCACAAGGUGCCAAUUAAAUAUAAGGAAUAUGGGGAUGCCCCAUCGCUUGAUGAGGUAGCGAAAAGGCUACACUAUUCCAACACUCAACCCAUGUGGGCGAGUGACAACAUGUCAAAAGGCAACCAAUGUGUCUUAGAAUAGGAAUGUUAUUUUUUGUGGCCUUGAUAAACCCCAAACAUAUUACCACUCUUUGAUAUAUUGUAAAGGCACUUCGACAUCCUCUGGAAUAAGCAUGAGUUCUUCCGACACAAAGCUUCUUUCAGGACCGUCUUUCAGAUAGUAUAAAUCACGACUACCUGCUACUAUACAGUCCAGUCUGUACGUCUUUUUAUUCCACCGGGCGUCAGUGGCACGUCGUCUCGCAUCACCGUGUUCCUCCCCAGGUUGUAACAGAUAAAGGUACAAUCCAUCCUCAAGCAGGGGCUUCUCUUCGGGAUAUUAUUCGCUUUUUACAAGUGGUAUUUCAUCGAGUUUGAUCGCCUUGUUAGGUUUCAUGCCGAUCAUGGUAGUCUUGGUAUUGUUAAGGCUUUUGACGAUGGUAAACAGGUGCUUGACCCAAGUGCUACUAGUCUCGUUGAAGACCAGGUAUUGCGCAUCUUAAGGCUUAAAGAGCCUUUCCGCAAGGACCUUGUUGUAGGAUUCCACGAAGGCCGUGAAUGUACUUAAUAGUGGCCCGCCUAAUUUCUACACCCUUGUUCUCUAACAGUUAAGUCACAUUCGAUUUAAAUUCAGAACCAUUGUCACACUGAAAAAUAUUAGGGUAGUGUAAAGGUCCUGCCUUGUAUAUAUCUUUCAACAUAUCCGCUACCUCACUGGCUUAGGGGCUUAGCUACCUCAUACUUUGAAGCCC